AUGCCAUACACAUCACUUCGGGGAUCUGAGCACUUGGAAGAGGACGAGGAGGAAGAGGAGCAAGAUAUUGAGGAGGGCACAGGUUACAACGAUUUCGACAUACCCCCCUCCCAGCGCCGUGUUCAGCCCAUCAUCUCCAGAAACAGAAAGACUUCCCCAGCGAAGAACGUCUCCUUCGAGACGCGAGACACCCAGUGGCCAAUCGAUGGCGAUCGCGAAGAACAAAUAGACGCUGACGCCGCCCAUCAGUUGCAGAUAGAAGACCGCCAGGCAAGAAGUUCAGGCAGUCGGUUGACACGGUCAAGGAGUCCAGCCAAGCGCAGUGUAUCUAAGGUUGAUUCGCAUAGGGAUCUUGAAGAGACUGUCAACCAGGCUCGGAGAAGUACUUCUAGAGGCCCUGUACCGGCACCUGCGCUUUCAAGAGAGAUUCCAGGAGAACAAAUGAAUGCCCAAUCCAGAUUUUCGCACUCAACCCUGCCAGAAAAUCUCACACCACAAGAGAGAAAAGACAACGAGCUAGAUGCAGAAGUCAUGGAAACAUUGGACAACAUCCGCAGCGACAUUUACAAGCUUUGCUCCAGAUUCUUUGGUCGAGACAUCACAGGGCCUAACGUCACGAAGAUGCUUGAUGAGAUUGAAGAUAACGACGAUUUGGAAUUCAUCAACUUCUCCAAGGCUGUUGCUGAAGGCGGCGGUGUUGCGCGAACUUGGCAACAGGUCGUCGCAGAACGAGAGUGUCGCAUUGGCCUCAGCUACGGCAUCAUCCAUAGGGUGCUGGUACGACAUGUUUUUGGUAGUCUUCUGUUUGGUGGGCCUGAAGAUUUGAUGAACAUGCUGGAGCGAAUGGAGAAGGCCCAAGAGAACGAAGAUGGGUUCUACAGAGAGGAACAACGCGCUCUGUGCAUCACAUCUUAUGAGAUUCAGUACAGACGAGAUGUCAACCAGAGCAACCAGCGACAACUCGCCAAUCUGAAACUCGCACUACAGAUCUCGAUGCUGCUUGAUCCACUUUACCACCUUGACCCUCAGAACGAGACAAGAGAGUUCAGCCUGUUACAGUCCAAUCUGAUUUCGAUCGUGGCAACAGCUGCAAAGCUUGCAACUCUCAUGAGAAGGAGCGGCAAUACAGUCCUCUAUCAGUUCGGACACGUCUUCAAAGACCAGGUGGCCGAUAAGAAGACGAUGCAAGUUCUGAACUUUGUGCAGCUGGAAAAGCAGCACCAAGAGGGAAACGGACCGGAUCGGGUCUUGAUCAGGAUGGUAUGCGGUGAUUCGUUGUAUGCGUUCAGGAAGGGUGGCGGUGUCAUGGCCGAAAGGACACUGGAGAAGGAGGAGCAGGAACAAGCCACGAAGGUUGCUCCAGAGCUACGACACCUGCCACCAAAUCAUUACCGCGGCCGUCUCAUCACAGCACGGGACGGCUACAGAUCCAAAUUCUUGGCCAAGGCGCAGGUGGUCGGGCGAUUGGAGCGGAUUGGUAGCGAGAGCAAGGCAACGGAAUUGACGGAGGCGAUCCGUCUUUUGCGAGAUGGGGGGUGCACGGCGCAGUGA